CUUGGAUUGACGGGCUGCUGACUGACAACAGGUAAACGGGAGUUCGACGUUAGAAACACAGGGCUCACGAGGACAUCGCAGCUGGAUUUAAGACCUGAUGACAGGACGGCAACAGAAAGUUCCUCGUUGAUAAGGAACCAAGGAUGUUCCCUCCUCCCUCCUCCUUCCUCUGGUGUCCUUAGCAGACCGGCACUGAGGAAGGAAACAUAACCUGCAGAGAAAAUCCAGAAAAUCCUUUUGCAAUCGUGAGAGGAUGGGCCGUCCUGCUGUGCUUUUGUUUCCUGUGAGAGAAAAACUUCAAUCACUUCAACCCUGUAUCCUAAUUGGUCCGCUCAGACUUUCACGAAGGCUCUCUACUUACGCUCUGAUUGGACCUUAAUACCACUGUGAAGAUUUAUCCAGCCAAUCAGUAUCUUCCUGGUGCUGCAGCGGCUCCUCUGCGGCAGAUUUCUGCUUCAGCUGGGACAGAGCACAGCGGGGCAGAUCGAGGUUCAUAGAGCUGAAUCAGGGAUUCUGCACCAGUGAUCUCCAUCAUGGAGGUGCCCCGGAGGCCUCAGCCCUCCUCCUUCUCCCUGGCUCUCCCUAAACCUGCUCUGUCUUCCCGCGGAGCUGCAGAGAAGGUCACCAAGAAGGAUCUGAUGACUGAUAAAGUCCAGGACAAGAUGGACCAAACCCCAAAGACUGAUCAGCUGGGAGAGGAGACAUUAAGUUUAGAAGAGGAGUCGAAUGUGUCCGUCGUUGUGGAGGCACCAGCUGAGAGCUCAGAACUUGAUGACACAGACACUUUAACUACAGGAACAAAACUUUCCUCACAGGAUAGUUUCUCAGAGGAGAGCUCGAUAUCAGAGGAGAGGCUGGCUGAGGAGGCUAAAAGAAAGUCUGAAGAAGAUGAAAAAGCAGCUAAAGAGAGGGCAGCUCAAAGACAGCUGUUAGCUAUAGAGGAGCUGGUCAUGUCUGAGAGGAAUUACCUUCGACUGCUGCAAGUCAGCACAGUGACAAUCAGGAGCAACCUGCAGAAACUACAGCCCCCUCUUGCCAACCUAGACAGCAUGUUUCUGUACAUAGAGGACGUGAUCAACGUCUCAAGUCGCCUCCUCAGUCUGUUGGACCAGAAAAAGGUCCAACCUGGAGAUCCUCACUAUCUGGAGACUCUCUGUGAUUCAUUCCUCAGCCUGUCCUCAGAUAUUGAAGCGGCCUAUAAGGAAUACCUGGCUAACUACAACCACGUUACAGUGGUAGAGAACAGCUACAAACAGAAGGAGGCGCUCUGGAAUGAAAUUGUCAGAGUCAUCAAGACCUCAGCGCCUGAAGUGAACGCCACUUCUUUGAGUUUCUUCCUGGUGAUGCCGGUGCAGAGGAUCGCUCGUUACCCUCUCCUCCUUCAGACCAUCCAGAAACACACAGAGAAAAGUCACCCAGCAUAUGCACUUCUGGAGCAGACGGCAAACACCUCCAUUGCUCUCAACUGUCGUAUCAAUGAGUACAAACGCUUCAGAGAAGUUGCCGACAAAUACAAGAAAACAGAAACUCUGACAAUAAAAGACAAGAUCAACCGCCUCAACACCCACAGCAUCGCUAAGAAGACGGCGAGGAUUAGCCAGCACUUCAAACACGAGGCUGGAAUUGCUCCUAAGCUGGUGGAUGAGGAGUUUGACGCCCUUGAAGGUUUCUUUUAUGUCCUGGAGCAUGGGAUCCUGGAGCUCCUUGAAAACGUAGAGAUGUACCUUCACCACUUACAGGGGUUCCUGGCCUGUAAAACAGAGGAGUUUGACUUUGAUCUGGAUGGAGAGAAGGCACCUAUCUGCUACAAGGAGAUCACUACAGCUCUCAGACAGUGGAUUCUUCCUACAUUUGAGAAAAGGCUGAGGACAUUAAUCCACAAGCCACUGUGUGCACUUCGGGACCUCCUGGUAGGUCCGAGGAACCUGAUCAGGAAAAGGCUGGACAAGCUGCUAGACUAUGAAGUGAUCUGUGAGAAGUCCAACCUGAGCUAUGAGGAGCAGGCGGUGGUCAACACAUACAGAACGAUGAACACGUUGCUCCUCAAUGAGCUCCCUCAGUUUAACGGGUUGGCUCUGCAGAUGAUCUGGAGCAUGUUGGGGACAUUCAGCUGUCUGCACAAAGACCUCGCCUCAGAUAUGGAGCAGUUAUUCCAGAGCUUUGCACAGCAGCUUCCUCACAGCUCUCUCAACCCCAAAGCAUUCUGGGAGUGGGCAGAGUCUGCAGUGCUAGAAGGUGCAAGGAGGCUGGAGACUUUGUGUCAAAGUGUACAGGAAACACUAAAUGCCCCAGUUGACCAGCCUCUGAGUCCGUCAUCUCAGCGCCGUCUGAAACAGCUCAUGGAUAAGCAUGGAUCAGGAAAGAUCUAUCAGGUGGUGGGGGCGGUGGUGGGCAGCCGUGAUCUGGAUCUGAACCUGAACAAAGGAGAACUGGUGGCCAUCAUCAGUGAGUGCGACACCCGGGGAGACAAGAGGAGAUGGCUCGUUGAUGCAGGAGGCAGAAGAGGCUAUGCUCCUUCCUCCAAGCUUAUUCGUUAUCACCAGCCAACAGAUGACCCGCCUCCUUCACCACACCUGGUCUUACCUGUGAACAUGACGGGCAUCAGAAGACACUCGUACACCCCAGAGGCACGCCCACUGACCGUCAUGAGCCAGCCCUGCUUCCAGGUGUUUGCAGCCUAUGACUUCAAUGCAAGAGGAAACCAUGAAGUUUCAGUCCGUGCUGGUGAGCCAGUCCGAGUCCUCGAGCCUCAUGACAAACGAGGGAAUCCUGAGUGGAGUCUGGUGGAGGUGAGAGGAGGGCAGAGAGGCUACGUGCCAUCCAACUACCUCACAUUCAUGGCUGUGGGACCUGGGCCACCUGGUGCACCUGGAGCAUUCUCAGCCUUCUCCUAAGAAGGAGAAAAGACUGGAGAGAAGCGUGUACAGUACAAAAGAAUGCUAACAAAAGUAAUUCUAUUGUAAUGCUGCAGCCACAUAUGAAAGAUUUUAAUUUAUUGAGACUUUCAGUGUCAAAAUCAGUGUUCAUAAACAGUCAGGAGAGCCAAUAAGAACAGUUUAAAGACCACACUGUUACAGCAAAAAUAGCCAAACUCUUAAUGCUUCUUGUUAUUUAUUUUAAGGCUUGGAUUAUUUGAUUCAACAUUAAGGAGUUUCCAAACUAGGGCAGUGAGAUUUUCAAACUUUUUGUACCAAAAUACAAAAUCCAUACAAAAUCCUCCAUUUAAAGACAAAGGGGGCAUACAUUAAUCUUCCAAGCAUAAUUAUACAAAGAGCUUUUUGGAUCUUCUUUCUUGAAAAAUUAACAAUUUUAAACUUCUCUGUGUCAGUUUUCAUUAAAAUUGAUCUUUAAAAAGGGGAUAACAAAGUACAACAAUGACAACUUUAAUGUAGCUUUAGCUUGAGCUAAAAAUCAAAUUGCAUCAGAGGACUUUGUAAUCUUUACUGAUGUAGCUUUUCAUGGCAAACGUUAAGUAGCAGGUGCCGACAUAUCAGCAGUAUUAUGUAUCUCUAUAAUGGACAUGGCCUUAUUGUGCUCAUAUAUGUGGAACACUGACAGACAUGAAGGAAGAAAAAACUCUGGUGCUUGCAUUUCUCUUAUUUUGCUCAUGAGCACUUCAGCACAACGCUGCUGAAAUGGAGGAUGAAUGUUUAUGUGAAGGACAAUGAAUGAAGGAUGUUUUAUUUUUGUGAAGACCAUCAUAACAGAGAGCCAAUGACAGGGAGCAAAGUUUUGAUAUGGAUUGAAGGACUCAUAAACUGUGUUUGAACUUGGAUUCAUAGGGAUGGAGAUCAAAACCCAGUUCUGUAAGGACCGGGUUCCACAUUUUUUAAAACCUCAGAUCAGUAACACUUGAGCUUUUUGAUACUGCUAUUCAGUUUUGCAAUCCUGUCUGGUCACUGGACCGCUGAUGCACAAAUAGUUUUCCAGUAAUGUUUUUAAUUUAAUUGGAUUCCUAAUAGAGAUGGAACGGUAUCGUUCAUACUGAGAUAUAGCUGGUGGUAACAGAAGAGCCUCAGUAUUGUCCCGGACAUGUACCGUUUCAAAUGGUAGGUUUUCAGGGCAAAAAGUGUAAUUUUUUUUACCCAUCACACUUUGCGCUCCCCUCAGCUUGAUCUAAUAGCACGAAGAUGGUGGAUAUACUGUGAGUGGUGAGGGAGGAGCAGUCUUUUGGGAGACCUGAGUGACUGAAGGUUUACAGAUUGCAGAGGCUCCAACGAAUUUUAAAUCUGAUGUGUGGAAGGAUUUUGGUGUGAAAUCACACACUUAUGGCAAUGAAGCACAUCUGUACCGUGAAUCAAAAUAAAGUGGGAUGCAGCCCCGUAACAGUCAGCUUGAAAAAUGUUGUUACCUUGUCUGCUGCUGCUGCAGGUCAGUCAUCCUCCUCCAAUCAAAAAUCACCAAAACCUUUAGGAAGUCCAUUGGAUUAAAAGUUUUAAUCAGUUGAUGAGAUUUAAAAGGAACCUGCAUGAUCAGACGAGUUCAUCUUGUUGGAUAGAUAUUUCUACCUCUCAUAUGCAUAUUGAACUAAAAAAAACUCACCUGAUAUCUUGGAUAUCUGCAUUUUGAGUAAGUUUGAGCUUAUAAACUCACCAGGAGGCCGCCAUGUUUUGUUCCGCGCUGGUACUGUGAUGUCACUAGCACUCUUUGCCGUUCCUAUGCAGUAACCGGUUUUUCAGACUGGCAGUAUGUUUUGCUUGCAGUUGCUGCCAUAACAGCUUUCAUCAUAGGCAUGAGUUUGCUGCAUGUUGGCUUUGUCUCCCUGCUGUCAGAGCUCUGUUAUUCCUCAUAAGUUUUACCUCAAUAAACCUCCCAACAAGUGACUGGAUUCAGUGUAUAGUGGAAGUGUGCCGGUAGUUUUUCAAAAUAAAAGCAUUAUGUACCUACAAAGGGAGUUUCUCCAAAGGAAUGCUAAAGUUGUCUUUAACUUCGAAAAUCGCAAACAUAAGUGUUUUCCUACUGUGUUUAUCUUUACCUGCAACACUUUGAACAGUGUGGAAACAGAAAGUUUCAUAAAUAGUAAAAGUUUGGGGAACAACUUUC